AUGGCAAUGACCGAUAUUGUCUCCUUGAAGGACAUCGAGGCGGCUCUGUCCAGCUGCAAAGAUCCGGGGAGCUUCAACCACAAAGCCUUCUUCUCUGAGGUGGGCUUAUCCAGCAAGGACAUUGACCUUGUCAGGAAAGCAUUUGCCAUCCUAGACCAGGACAAGAGUGGCUUCAUUGAAGAAGAAGAGCUUAAAUUGUUCCUGAAGAACUUUUCCCCCUCUGCCCGGGUCCUGACUGACAAGGAGACAAAGGCCUUCCUGGAGGCGGGUGACUCCGAUGGAGAUGGCAAGAUAGGCGUGGAUGAAUUCCAGUCUCUGGUGAAGGCGUAG